CUGAUAAAUAUUUUUUAUUCCAUGGAUUCAUUACCUUCACCACCAGCAUCUUCAGUUUCAUCCGGAAAAAACAAAUGGGCUAUCAAAAAAUAUCCAACAACCACUACAACACCCAACAAAUUAGAACGAUUUCUUGCAUUUUUACUUGCCUCCUGGGCCACUAUCUCGACCAAUGCUAUUACCCAUAAUCAAGGUGAAAUCGUGACUCGAUCAUUACUACCCAACAUGAUACGACAAUGUUUAGAUUUACUUAUGUUUACUUCCGCCAUGGUGAUUACCUUGUUCAAUUACUUUUCCGGUGAUUUGGAUAAACAACCCAGUAUAAAAUCAUCAUCUUCUUCUACAUUGAUACCUCCUCCUUCUCAACAUACUAUUAUGGAUAUUAAACAAUUACGACAAUGGCAACAACAAUCUCACCAUACAUAUGAUCGAUUAGAAUAUAUUACUGCCACUUGUCCUAUGGAUGAUCUUAAACAACAUCGAAUUAUGGCAUGGGCUUCCUCACAAGGUUAUCAGGAUGGCGAUGUAACACAGGGACAUCAAAGUAUGCCAUUGACCAGUACUUCAUUACGACUACAUUCUAAUACCAUGAUGGAAGAAGUAGAUGAUGAUGAAAAAUAUACGUUUGAUGAACGUUGGUCUGUGGAUGGUGAUGGUAUCAAAAUGCAACAACACACCUCAGCAUUGGGGAAACUCUCGAUAUCCUCCUCUACCUCUACUGUCAAAAGUACUCAACAUGAAGAAAAUAAACGAUUGGCUUUGAUGGAGGUCCAAGUAGCAUCAUUGAUUCAACAAGGUCAAGCUGCUUUGUCCAAGAAAAUCAAAGUAUAUGAAUUGGAUCGCAAUGAAAUCGCUUUACGCCGUGCUUUGAAACAACGUGAUCAUGCUAUGAUUGGAUAAAUCUCCUUUUAUAUAUAUAUAUAUAUAUCAUUUUUAUACCCUUCUCAUUUUUAUAUAUUUUUAUCCAUCUUCUUAUAUGUAUAGUUAUCAUCAUUUUUUUAUUAUUUAUAUGUAUUGAAAAAUAAACAAAAAAGCAUCUAUCGU